AUGAAGUCCUCACUGUUGCUUGCGUUUGUUACUCUCGCCGUCCGCGUCCUCGCAGAUAUCCCUCCAGCAUGUCUUCUCAGCGCAGUCAACACAAAAGACCAACCGGGCGACCUGUCGUCGAUUUGUGGUGACGAGGCAACCGACGUGCAAAAGGCAAUCGCGAGCAUGUGCAGUGGCAGUGCCGUGUCGGUCGCACAAUCCGCCUUCAUCUCGACUUGCUCGGCGGCGGGUUCAUCAGUCGCUCCAUACACGGCAUCGUCCUCUUCAAAGUCAGGAAGUCACACCACGUCCAACUCCGGCACGUUCGUCUACACCACCGCCGUCUACAACACCGACUGCAGCUGUACCACCACCAUCGUCACCACCGCUACCACCGGCGCCCCUGUCUCGACCGGUCUUGCCAGCGCCACGGCGACAGGGACCAAUUCGGCAGGGGGCGCAUCAGCGACCGGCAAUGCCGCCGCGGACGCCAAGCAAGUGGGAAGUUUUGCCGCCGCCGUCAUCGCCAUUGCUGGUGUCGUUGCGGUUCUGUAA